GCUUCAACAAUCUGGUAGCAUUCGUAUUGAUUUUCGAAUAUUAUGCCUUUUAAGUAGAAAUGUCAAGCACAACUUAAGUUCAACGAUACAACAAAAAAUAUCUAAAAAAUAAGCGUCUAUUGGCAUAGCAAAACAUUUGUGUUUAAAUACAAAUCAAAUAUAAGAAAGUGUUCAGAAAAUAUAAAUUCAAAUUAAAUAUGAUCUAUCUGCUGCCUAGUGAAGUAUAUAAACAUAUGAUAAUGUUUCAUAAAACUAAUAAGCGGCAAUUUGUGUUUGUUUUUAAUUGGAAGAGUAUAUAUUGUAUGUAAAAUAAUAAAAGUCCUGCCUAAAACAAACAAAAUCUAUUUUCCUUGAGAAGACCAUACCAGAAUAAGUAAAAUACGUUUAAAAUACUUAUACGAAUACGUUGUGAAAUGUCCGUAGAUUACCGUAGCGUAAGCUUUCACGACUUAUGUCGCGUCUGCACAGCCCAUGCGGAGCAACGCAUUAAUAUAUUCUCUCCUGAAGGUAAAAGCAAAAACUUGUGCACCAAAAUUACCGAUUGCUUGUCAUUGUUGGUUGAUGAAAAAGAUCGCCUUCCAAAAGUCGUUUGUGCAACAUGUUUGGAACAAGUUGAAGAAUUUUACAAAUUUCGAAAUAUUUGCAAAAACUCACAAAAUAUGUUAAGCAACUGUUUGAAACAGGCUACACAAAAUAGUACCGGUAGGGUCUAUAUAAAAGAUGCUAUUGCAGCAAACUGUGGCAAGAGUCUGAGUGUAAUAAACAAUAGUACAACAAAUGCCCAACAGGACGAACAUAAUAAACCAUGUACUGAAUUAAAUAGCACACAGAAUUAUUCAACAAUAACGCCUCAAUCGGAGUCACAACAAAAUAUUUCUAACCUGGGAAUAAUACCGAAUAACAGUAAUGAUAUCCUCAACUCUAUUUUGCAGUCCAUCGGUGUGCAACAUAUUGCGGACACUGGACAAGCGGAUAAGCCGCUCAUACAGGAAUAUGCAAUCUCCAUGGAUAGCAAAGGAGGAUUAAAGACUGAACCUUUGCAGCACAAGCUAGAAAAUGUACCAUCUGUCCAAAAAUUAUUUAAUUCGCAAACGUCUCAACAACAAAAAGAUACUACAUCUAAAGAUGCGGAUCACAAUGUUUACAGAUCUCUUGCUGAAUUUUUGAAAAUGAAACCGAAUAUAAAAGUUACGUCUUUGGGUAAAAGCAAUAACAAAAAACUUGAGGAACAACAUCAACAACCACAGCGCUUGCCAGUCCAAUCGUCUCAUAUAUCGCAAAUCAACCUACAACAGGAACAGCUUCUACAAGUACCGCAACAAUCCUUUGCGCAGUCAACAAAUUCGGCUGUAGCUAACAUACAAUUACAACAACUACAGCAACAGCUACAACAAAUUCAACUGCAACAACAACUGCAGCAACAGUUACAACAAAUCUCGUCCCAAUUACAUCCGCCGCCAACAAUAACACUUGGCCCCUCAUCUUUAAGUGGUGGCGAUGAGUCUAGUCCAAGCAAAAGCAAAAAGGCCAAACUUAAUUUUGUGCUUACAUCACCCACCUCACAGACACUUACUGCUACACUUCCGCAAAUAGCCAUGGGCACUAACACGCAGCAACCACAAAUCCAAUUACAACUGCAAGCACCUCAAGCACAGCAACAUGUGCCAGCUGCAACGUUAUUGUCAAAUUUAGCACCAUUUUUACAACAACAGCCACAACAUAAUCUCGGCGCUACGAAUCUCCUACAGACACCAACAACGACAACGCCGUUAAUGCCAUCACCGAAUAAAUGCUAUCUUCCCAUUACAAUUAAAGAUGAGAAUUCGGAUCAGCAAAUCGUAGCACACAUUGAUGCUAAAAAUUUUAUGCUCCCUACAACAUAUCAACUGCAAAUGAAAUUGCAGCCACAGAUCGCCACGGCGGAUGGACAACCUAUUAUGCAAUUGACACCGACUUCUAUACCAGCAACUCUGCAGUUAGCUACAUCAGCAUUAAAUAAUCAAACCUUGCAAGCGCUAACGAGCAAUAAUAUUCUACAAACACUUCCGGCGACAUUACAACAACAUCAGCAACAGCAAUCUCAAGCAACGCCGCAGCUGCAUCAAACUUUGCCUAAAACCGCUGCACAAGUGACAUCACAACAAAUAAUUCGUGCCGCAACACAAUUCACUAGCGAUGUUGCAACCUCAACAAAUGAUCAAAUAGAAGACUUUGUGCCGAAUAAUAAAGCUGCAAUUAAACCGUUAUUAAAACAGGGAGAGCAAAAGGUAAUAAAGCAACAAAAAUACAGACUAUCCCAACAGGCCUCCAAUGGUGCUAUUGAGAUAACGCCAACAACGAAUUUCACUCAACAAAUCAUGCAACAAGUUCAACAACAACAAAAGCAAUUCCAGCAACAAAAACAAAAGCAUGAAGAGCAACAACAUCAAACUCUAAAUCAAAAGCAAGAUUUGGUGACUUCAUUAAGUACAUCCCAAAACGUCAACCUCACGGUGCAACGCACGACCAGCAAGUCAACAGUUAAAACCCAGCAACAACAAAAGCCAUCGGGACAACAAUCAGUGCCAACUGCGUUAAUUCAAACAAAAAUACCAAUGUUGCAGAAAAAAGAUGUUACAAUCAGUCGAAUAAGCAACACAGCGCAAACACAAGAGCAACAACAACAACAGAAACAAGCAUUAUUAAAACUUUUGCCCACAAAAAAACUGGAAGUAAAAUCAAAGGAAGAUCAAGUGACUAGUAUGAUAGUGCAACAACAACCAAACAGUUUACAGUUGCCGACUAAACAGCAGCAGCAGCAGCAACAGCAAACACAACAAAUACAAACUCAGACUAUUACAACCGUGCAAAAGUUGAUACAGAAACCUGAUAAAUGCAACAAGGCUUUGUCAAUGCCUAUCCAAAAUCAACAACAAAUUCAGCGCCCCUUGAGCACUGUUCAAGACAUGGUCACAGCGUCCGCUCUACCUCAACAGCAACAGCAACAGCAGCAGCAAGACAGCACGAAUACCACUGAAACAAUUGAGACAAAUCUAAAAACUGAUAGUGUUGCUGCUCAUGGAGUAGGCCUCAACGGUCUAGAAUGUAGUCAGUGUGGGCGAGUGUUCAAGAAGAAAGAACACCUAACUCAACACAUAAAGCUGCAUGCCGGUCUGCGACCUUUUAAGUGUAAAGAAGAGCAAUGCGGCAAAGCAUUUAGUCGGAAAGAGCAUCUCCUGCGGCAUGAAAUUUCACAUUCUGGUAGAAAACUAUUCAGCUGCGAUGUUUGUCAUAAACCAUUUUCUCGUAAAGACAAUCUCAAUAAGCAUAAAAGGAUUCACACGACCAGCUUAUGUCAUAACUGCGAGGCAUGUAAUAAACAGUUUGCUGUUAGAGCGUAUUAUGAAGAGCAUAAGCAGAUGUAUCCAAAUUCAGAGUGUACCGUUGGUGAUAGAAAUCAAAAGGAUGAGAAAACUGCAAAUGUUUCAAGCUCCAACGACAUCAAUAUUACUUUGCAAAAUUCUAAGGAUGUCAAUAAACAGCCAUCCCAAUUGUUACCACAUUCGCAACAACAUCAAAAACAUUUGUCAUCACAGCCUCAGCAACCACAAUCGCAGUUGAUACAAAAUCCUCAGCCACAACAGCAAUCGCAUGUGUCAUCACAGUCUCAGCAACCACAACCACAGUUGGUACAACAUCCUCAGCCACAACAGCAAACGCAGGUGCCAUCACAGCCUCAGCAACCACAACCGCAGUUGCUACAACAUUCUCAGCCACAACAGACCCAAUUGCUAGCACAGUCUCAUCAACAACAAACACAACACCCACAUUGUGCAUUAACGGCUAUUCCGCCGUCUUUAAUGUCAACUAAUCAACCUCAGUCACACCAAAUUCAAUUAGUGCAGCAUCAGGCGGGUAAUACAAUUUCACAAUUUCAGCAACAUCAACACCACAUAAUGCAACUACAAUUACCAACAGUAGUGAGUACACAAGAUAUGUCUGGCAACACUAUCACCAUAACUCAAUCACACGAUCCGACGCUGAAAACAACAAUUGGUAGUCAUGAUACUGCCGUUCUAAAUCUACCUUCAUCACUGGCCAAUCUAAUGCAACUUAGUCAUGCGCAGUUUGUCAACCCAACUACAGGCCAAAUAAUGGGUCAUAUCAAAAUUGAAAAAUGAUUACCAACACAAAACUAUUGAAAGGCAUAUAUACCCGUUAUUUUUAAGAUUUAAAAUUGUAAAAUAUUUUUUCUAAGAACCUACCUACCAUCACAUACGAAAUUCCCACAUAAAAAUAUUUAUUAGAUGUAAUUUAUAUAGACUUAAAUAGAAUAUUAAUGAAUUCACAUAACCUAAUUUCAUUUGAGUGAAUUAAUUUUAACAGACUGUUGGAAACGUUUGUGGAAUAUUUGAAUACUUCAGAUUUUUAAAGAAUUACUUAGAUACAUUUUUGAUUUGCGCUUUCCUACUAUUUAUUUUACUUAUUAAAGAAAGUCUAAAUUUAGUAUUACUAUGUCAAUAACUUAAUUUUCAUUUCACUAGUCAUAGGAAUGUCGUAUUUAUAUUA